GUAGCCAAACAUGUUCAAGUAUCGGAUCCGCAUGUUUUUUAAUGAACUGAAAGUCCUGGUGUUUAUGCGAUCCGAUUCGAGACAGUCCGGCUCAGACACAGAGAGACGGUCCACCACCAUGCGAGGUCUGGGGAUGGGCGGCUGCGGUUGGCCGCCCUUUGUCGACUGCCGUUCCCGGGAUGACGAGGAGGAGUACUACGGCAGCGACCCGCGGCCCCGGAGCCUGGCGUUUGAGGACAAGGAGCCCAAGCUGCAAGUGGCCCUGGACGCCGUGUCUCUGGCCAGCACCAACAGCAGCCUGCGGAGCCCCCAGUGCCGGAUCUGUUUCCAAGGCCUAGAGCAGGGCGAACUGUUGAGCCCCUGCCGCUGUGACGGCUCAGUGCGCUGCACCCAUCAGCCGUGUCUCAUCCGCUGGAUCAGCGAGAGGGGAUCCUGGAGCUGCGAGCUCUGCUACUUCAAGUACCAGGUCCUGGCCAUCAGCACCAAGAACCCCCUCCAGUGGCAGGCCAUCUCUCUGACGGUGAUAGAGAAGGUGCAGAUAGCGGCCAUUAUUCUGGGCUCCCUUUUCCUCAUCGCCAGCAUCUCCUGGCUCAUCUGGUCCUCCCUCAGCCCCUCGGCCAAGUGGCAACGUCAGGACCUGCUCUUCCAAAUCUGCUAUGGCAUGUAUGGCUUCAUGGAUAUCGUGUGCAUAGGCCUCAUCAUCCACGAGGGAUCAUCAGUGUAUCGAAUCUUCAAACGAUGGCAGGCUGUCAAUCAGCAGUGGAAAGUACUGAACUAUGAGAAAUCAAAGGACUUGGGCGACCCGCUGAGUUCGAGCAGCAAAACGGGGGCUCGCAACUCUCGCGGUAACCCUCACGGUCUGGCCAGUAGCAGUGGUGGGCGACAGAGCAGGAGGUUAAGAACUAUUCUGAACCACCACUGUGGAUACACCAUCUUUCACAUCCUGAGCCAACUGCGGCCCAACAACCCUCGGAUCAGCACCACCUCCAAUCGGGAAGUGGUGAUGAGGGUGACCACCGUAUGAGUCGGGCGGGUGAGAGAAACCUCAUCAGUGUGUCAGGAUGUAAGUGAGAGGACGGACUCAUGGACCUUGUUUCAAAUACUACAGACACACGUAGACGACAGGAGUCCCGUGAGGAGCCGAGUGACGCCGCAUCGACAGACACCUGAGGAAUUUUCCUCGUUUCGUACGACAAAAGGAAGCCAGAUGCUCCUUUUCAAUAAUUAACCGAAAAUAAGGAGGCAUUCAAAGACAAAGAAAUGUGUGGAGGAAAACAAGUGUACGCAGGCUUUAUAAAUGAAUCCAAGAUGGUGAGACAUUUUUUCCAGUUCAAUAUCAGGAUGCAGACAUUUCUCUUUGAUUUGAUCCUCUUGAUUUGAUUUGUAUGUAUUAUCUUUUUUUUUUUUUUUACUCACUUUGAUUUUGUACGAAUGUAUGAUUUUAGAGGAAAUCAUGUAACUCCAUACAUGCCAAACAUUUCCAGACAACUAUGUAUAACGAUCUUAAAAUUUCUACAAGACAACCGAUGCUGGGAAAUAGACCGAAAACUGAAACCAACAAACAAACAUGAGGGCAAACACCGAGAUGACACCUGAUCAAUAAGUCAUUAAGUUAAAAAAAAGAAAAAGAAGAAAAGAAUAAAAAAAAGAAAUCUGUAAGAUUUCAGUGACACUUAACCUUUCUGCAAUAAAGAUACAUAUGUACAUUUUACAGGGAAUUUUGCAUGGGUAUAUCAUUUUAUUCUUCAUCACAUAACAUAAGCACAUGACAAAUUUGCUCUUUUUCCAAUGGUGCUUGCCAAAAUAAACACUUUAGAAACAUCUGAUUUCAUUGCACCAACUUUUUGUCAACAUGACAAAUGGCAGUGUGUUACAGCUAUUUCAGCUAAAAUACAGACUGUUGCUGCUGUGUGCUGAUUCAGAUUUGAUAAUAA